AAGGAGUUGUUGAGCUGCAGGCUCGCUUUCAACAUGGCCCUCUCGAAACGGAAACGCACCCACGAAAAGGACGAGGACGACGCUGCUUUUUCUUUAGAUGACGGAGUGUCUGAAUCUGACUCAGACGUUGAUAUCUCCUCUGCACUUGUCGGCAAGAAACCUCGCUUGCAGCAAUCCGACCAUGAAGAGGAUGAUGAAGAGCUGCAGGAGAUCAUACGGCAGUCUAUAUCAAAACGAAAUAAGAAGGGUGGAACGGAUAUGUUAAAGAAGACUAAAGGGAAAACCAAAAUCACAAAGGGUGAAGUCGGUGGAGGCAGCUUUCAGAACAUGGGUCUAUACCCCUGGCUUCUGCGAUCUUUGACCUUGCAGGGUUUCCGUAUACCCACACCUAUACAAAGACUCUCGAUCCCUGCUUUACUCACAAACCCUCCUCGAGACUUGGUCGGCAUGGCCCGUACUGGUUCAGGAAAAUCAUUGGCAUAUCUUAUUCCACUCGUACAACGCCUGGGUGGAAGGCACUCUUCGACCUUUGGUGCUCGCGCUUUGAUUCUCCUUCCUACUCGUGAGCUUGCACUUCAAGUCCUCAAGGUCGGAAAGGAACUGGCCAGAGGUUGGCACGCCGGUGAUGGGGACCAUGCAGGUGAUACUAAGGAUGCUGAAGACGGCAAGAAAGGACAAAGUCUUAGAUGGGGCUUGGUCGUUGGAGGCGAGGGACUAGACGAGCAGUUUGAGAUGAUCACAAGCAAUCCAGAUGUCAUCAUCGCAACGCCCGGUCGACUUCUGCAUCUUAUCGUUGAAAUGAACCUUGAUCUCAAGUCAAUACAGUACGUUGUCUUUGAUGAAGCCGACAGACUUUUCGAGAUGGGUUUCGAAACUGCCCUGAACGAAAUCCUUCAUAAACUUCCCGCUUCUCGUCAAACCCUCCUCUUUUCUGCUACUCUACCUAAGUCCCUCGUCGAAUUCGCCAAAGCGGGUCUUCAGAACCCGAAGCUUGUGCGUCUCGAUGCCGAAAGCAAAAUCAGUCCCGACCUCAAAAUGGGUUUCUUCUCCGUCAAACCGACGGAAAAAGAUGCAUGUCUUCUCUUAUUGCUCCGUGAUGUUAUCGGUGUCCCUCUUGGUUCCUCCAAACCUGAAGAUGAGGAGAACUCAGAAGAUAAAGGGAAGGGCAAGGCGAAACUGAAGUAUUCCGAACAAGUUACUGCACCCCAUCAAACCCUCGUUUUUGCAGCUACAAAGCAUCAUGUUGAAUACCUUACCAACCUCAUCACUUCUGCCGGCUAUGCCGUCUCCCAUAUCUAUGGCUCCCUGGACCAAACGGCGCGUUCUCAACAGAUGGAACAGUUCCGUCGAGGACACACAAGCGUUCUUGUCGUAACGGAUGUUGCAGCUCGUGGUAUCGAUAUCCCGGUUCUCGAGAACGUAGUCAACUACGACUUCCCUCAAGGUGCUCGUGUCUUCGUUCAUCGAGUUGGACGAACGGCCCGUGCUGGACGUCAAGGUUGGGCUUGGUCAUUCGUCACCAACACAGAACUUCCGUAUUUGCUAGACCUUCAGUUGUUCCUUGGACGACCGAUCAAGAGCGAAGUCACUCACGGUGGGGACCGAGUCUAUACCGAGUCCCUGGUGCUUGGCCCAUUUGAUCGUGAUCGGGUCGACGGGGAAGUCGAAUACAUCAGGAGGCUGGACGAAGAGAAUCAUAAUCUGCCGACUCUCCGUGAAGUCAUGAGGAAGGGUCAUGGCAUGUACGAGCGUAGCAAAGGCAAAGCGAGUCAAGCCAGCUACAAACGUACCAAAGAAAUGAUCAGGGAGGGUAAAUGGGGUAUCGUCGGUACCGCUUCUGGCGUACAUCCUAUAUUCUUCAGAAGCAAGGAUGCUAGUAGUGCUGCGAAGAUGUUGGAAGAGGAGGAGAGAAGGAAGGCUUUACUACAGGCUGUGAAUUCGUUCAGGCCAUCUGAAACAGUAUUGGAGAUUGGUGCAAGGGGAAAUACGGAGACUGCGACGUUGAUGAAGCAGAGAAGGAAAGCAUUAGGCAAGGCUGUUGAACGUGCUGCGCAUGCUUCAAGUUCAGCCAAGCCGAUUGUAGAGGAGGUCGGUGAAGAUGAGGCACAAAGCGAGGAAGGCGGGAAAAUGGAAAUGGCUGACGAGGAAACCAUCGCGGCGGUGUUUGAUCCCUCAAGUAGUAAACAGGGCAAGCGUGGGAGGACGAACCAUCGUGAUUCCGAAUUCUAUAUGUCUCACUAUCAGAAAGGUGCCAUUGACGAAAAAGGGUAUGUUGAAAUUUCCUUUUUGGCUAGAGCAUUAACCCAAACUGUCACCCAUAGGUAUUCACUUCGUGAUGGAGCUACUUUCGCUGAACAGGCAAAUAACGUCACUUUCGACCUCACUGGCGAUGAGGCUCUUCAGGAACGCAAGCGUCGUGAACUUAGAUGGGACAAGAAGAAAAAGAGAUUCACCCAAGGUACCGGCGAAGGUGCAGACAACGUGAAACUCGUCAAAACGGAGAGUGGUCAGAAACUGCCUGCAACAUAUCGCAGCGGACGAUUCGAUGAAUGGAAAGCGAAGAGUCGUGUCAGCUUGCCCAAAGUUGGGGAGCUCGAAUCCGAGAGUGUGCAUCGACGUGGCGGGUUCGGGCCUGGAGGACGCAAGUGGAAACACAAUCAGGUUGUUGAGGCUAAACCGCUGGACAAGCUUAGCAAGGACUAUGAGAGGAAGAUUAGACAGCAACAGAAGAAGGGUGGAGGUGCUGGUGGAGACGAGGGCGAGCGUCGACCGCCGUCUGGCAAGAAGAGCACCGCUCUUGGAAAGCGCUCGGCAGGAAAGUCAGUAGGCAGGGUCAAGAACGAACUUAAGACUGUGGAUCAGAUCCGGAAAACGAGGAAGAUUGCAGAGCAGAGGAAAGAGAAGAAUGCCAGGCAUGGAGGUAGGAAAAGCAGACGAUAAUGUGUUAUCUUGUGUUGUACCCUAUCAUGUGUACUCUUCAUCGCCAUAGUUCAGGAUCAUCUCAGUCGUCCUGUCGACUGCUAAGCAUUGCCAGGUUGUCCUCAGUCGAACGUGCUGGUUCUAUGGAUGGAACCGAGGUGAAGAACGAGCAAUGAUAGCACCGCUUGCAAGGUCUGGGAGUUGUCCGACUUGCAAUACUGUCAUUCUGUUGCGACUUCAUGAACAAACAGAGGAUAUGUUAUUGUAAGGUGGACAUUUCAGCCUCGUAAUCACAAGCCAACAAUCACAUUGUCAUUCAGUCAUUCUCGAAUACAUGUCCACACACGGCCGCU